CUCCCGCAAGGUUGGGCAGGCAACAUCACAAGUAGGGAGGAGAAUUCUGCUCUCAACCCCCACCACAUCCUAAUUCCUCCUUCCCUUUCCCCCUCCCGCACCAGAACAGAGCAGAUUCACACCAGGGCCCAAGAAAGACCCACUUUCCUGGAUAGGAGUCCCGGGAUUAGUAGUGUUAGUGACUCCACCUCAAUGGCAGAGAAUCCUCCCUUAUCUGGAGUGAAGGAAACGAUUUUUAGCUCACCCCAUCCUAUCCCUCUGGCAACCAGACAGUGGGAAGCUCCUCUGAUAGAGGCUAGGAUCCCCCCAGGGAACAGCUAGGCUGAGAUAAGCUAGGUUCUGGCGCCUCCCCCUAAUCUUCCCCCCCAGCCCCGCCCCCUGCCCCCCCGGAUCUGUAGGGGCUGCAGGAGCAUCAGUCACAGAGAGCAGUAAACGAGGCAACAGCUGCAGCAACACCCGAAGAGACUCCUGCUACAUCUCCAUCUUCUCCAGCUCCAGCUCCAGCCUCCUCCCAACCCGGUUCCGACACCACGGACAGCUCCCGGGUUUCAGUACCGCGGACAGCGCACCGCCCCACCCCCCGCAGUCACUUGCUGGCUGCGGAGCAGUGAGCUAGCCUAGAGGGAGCAAGGUAAGCUAUGCGGGCGGGAUGCCCCGGCUCCCGCUCUCCAUGGCGCUGCUCCUCAGCCUUGGCCUCUUCGGGCUGUUUCCAGGGUUCCUGGCUACAGAUACAGAGGAAAGGUUGGUGGAACAUCUCCUGGACCCUGCCCGCUACAAUAAGCUCAUUCGACCGGCCACCAAUGGCUCUGAGCUGGUGACUGUGCAGCUUACAGUAUCGCUAGCCCAGCUCAUUAGUGUGCAUGAGCGGGAGCAGAUCAUGACCACCAAUGUCUGGCUGACCCAGGAGUGGGAGGAUUACCGGCUUACGUGGAAGCCAGAAGAAUUCGACAAUAUGAAGAAAGUACGGCUCCCUUCCAAGCAUAUCUGGCUUCCAGAUGUUGUCCUCUACAACAAUGCUGAUGGGGUGUAUGAGGUCUCCUUCUACUCCAAUGCUGUGGUUUCCUAUGAUGGUAGCAUCUUCUGGCUUCCACCUGCCAUCUACAAGAGUGCCUGCAAGAUUGAGGUCAAGCAUUUCCCCUUUGAUCAGCAGAAUUGUACCAUGAAGUUCCGUUCCUGGACCUAUGAUCGCACAGAAAUUGACUUGGUACUGAAGAGUGAAGUUGCCAACUUGGAUGAUUUUACACCUAGUGGUGAAUGGGACAUUGUAGCCUUGCCCGGACGGCGGAAUGAGAAUCCAGACGACUCCACUUAUGUGGACAUCACCUAUGACUUCAUCAUCCGCCGCAAACCUCUCUUCUACACUAUCAACCUCAUCAUUCCUUGCAUCCUCAUCACCUCCCUUGCCAUCCUGGUCUUCUACUUGCCUUCUGACUGUGGUGAGAAGAUGACACUCUGCAUCUCUGUCCUGCUGGCUCUCACCGUCUUCCUCCUGCUUAUCUCCAAGAUUGUCCCACCCACCUCACUGGAUGUGCCGCUGGUCGGCAAGUACCUCAUGUUCACCAUGGUACUGGUGACUUUCUCCAUUGUCACCAGUGUCUGUGUCCUCAAUGUGCAUCACCGAUCACCUACCACCCACACCAUGGCCCCUUGGGUCAAAGUUGUCUUCUUGGAGAAGCUACCUGCUGUCCUCUUCAUGAAGCAGCCACGCCAGAACUGUGCCCGGCAGAGGCUAAGGCAGCGAAGGCGGCAACAGGAGCAGGAAGGUGGUGGGGGGCUCUUCUUCCGAGAUGCCCCAGGGGCCAAUUCCUGUACUUGCUUUGUCAACCAGGCCUCUGUCAAGGAGUUUGGUGGAGUUUUUGGGGCUGAGUCAGCUGAAUCAGCCAAUGGCUUCCGGGGGCGAGCGGGCCCUGUUGGGCCGUGUGGCUGUAGGCUCAAGGAGGCAGUCGACGGUGUGCGCUUCAUUGCUGAUCACAUGAGGAGUGAGGAUGAUGACCAAAGCGUGAGUGAGGACUGGAAGUAUGUUGCUAUGGUGAUUGACCGCCUGUUCCUCUGGAUCUUUGUCUUUGUCUGUAUCUUUGGCACCAUCGGCAUGUUCCUGCAGCCGCUUUUCCAGAACUACGCCACCAAUACCUUCCUCCACCUGGCCCACCCUGCUUCCAGCUCCAAGUGAGAUCACCGCGUGUCCAGCCCCCAAACCUAAGCCACCUUAGCCCAUCCAUGAUGGAAGACCCAUGGUAGUGGUGGCGGUGGUGGGGUUUGCUGCAGACAGGGAAGAGCAGGAGUGAGGAGCUUCCCUCCAGACGCUUACACUCUCUCUUAUGCCAGGCUUAAAUUCCAAGCUACUUAUGGAACUUGGCUGGUUUGUGCCUCCCCUCUGGUCUCCCCAACCUUUUGUUGCUCUGGGGCCCUGAAAGCAGCUAGUGGUAAGAAAUGCCAGCUGAGAAAUAAAGGAGCAGAGAUGGCAGGAGAGGAACGGACUGAAAUCAGAACUCCUGUUGGAAGUUUGAAAGACAAAGAAAUGAAAAGGCCUAGAGUCCAAAAGAAGGGGCCUCAUUCUCCUCACCAAAAUAGAUUGUCUCCAGAUCAUAAGAAAAACAGGGUGAGGGUGGAUUGAAGGGGAGAAAGAAGAGAGAAGUGUACAGACAUAAGCAGGCUUUUCUGGUUCUUGGUUAAGUUGAGCAAAUGGUAGGUAGCUCCAGAGAGUAGGGCAUAGCAACUAGAGUCUGUACAACCCUCUUUUCAGAGAACAGACUUUUGGCUUAUACUAACUACUGCUGAGUUUAGCUGCAAGGGAUUACAAACUGGUCAGUGCAUCUAAGUCUAAGGGACCUCUGUGUGCCUGUCUGUAGCUUGAUACACAAACCCCAUGCUGGAGUGCAUUUUUGACCAUCCCUCUCCCCCUACUUUCCCUUUUGUAGAGACAGAAAGUUUUUUGGCACCAUCCCACUCUUUGCUUUCUGGGCCCUCUCAGUUUCUGGGAUGACAGAAACCUCGAUCCUACCUUUUGGCUUGUCACUUACCCCAAAUGCUGCCACUUCAAUCAUCCUCAUAUACCUUACUCUACCUUGGGAUGGAAGGAAUGUGAGGGGAUCGCUUGGUGUCAGGAUGGGCUGAUCUUACAAAGGCAAUCUAGGUACAUUUCUAGAAUUCCAGGGUUCUAGAAUUCGUAUUUAGGGGCUAAGGUCAAUGAUGUUGCCUCCUUAACUGAAAAAGUACAGAAAAUACAAGUAUGCACAGUCAGUCUCUGACAAACUUUCUGGGAGGCUGAAUUGAGUUUUUUAACUGAAGUGACCAAAUUUCUUGGUUCUCUUCACCUCGUGCAGACCUAGUCUCAGCAUCGUGUUGAGGAUCUGAGAGCAGAGAACCAGGAGAGAGGAGGGCAGGACUUCAUCUUCUAGCUCUGCCACCUUCACUCCUAACUACACCUGACCUUAUCUCCUGGCGUGACUUUAAGAAGGCCCGACAGCUCCCGUGGAAGGGAAGAGUCUGCUGAUUCCUGCACUCCUUUCUCCAUCCCUUUGGACUCUGCCCCCCACUUUGCAGUUGACCUGGAUUGCUGUCUGCAGCUGCUCCAGCCUGAUUAUAGCUCAGGAGGUUGGGUGGAGGCCAGAGUGGCAUUGGUGGGCCAUUGUCCUAGGUAACAGAAUACCUCCCCUCCUCCACUUGGACCCUGUGUUGAUUUCAGUUUGCAUGGUUUAUCCAGGGCUCACUCUGUGGUCAGCAGAGGGCUGUAAGUGUCAGUCUGUAUAUGUGAUCAGACUUGGGCACUGGUUUCCAGAGGGCCAAUUUUACUUUAUACUUCUUCAGAGGUGAAGAGAUGAAGCUGAGAUCAGAAGGGGCGGAGAUGAAGACAUCAAUUACCUCGGCAAUCCUCUUGCCACUGGCCAAGUAAACACCUGUCUUCUAGUACUAGGACCCCCCCCCACCUCCCAUACACACACUUUACCCACCCCAAAAAGAGAUCUGUGGGAGUACAAGAUAAGGAUAAUUACAGGUCACCCACAAUUACUUUUUCUGUGAAUUAGUCCCAGAAAAUUUCCACUAGACUAGGCUAGCCCCCCUUUGCAAACUUCUUACUAGUCUGUUCUCAGAAUGCAGGCAGAGUUUAAAAAAAAAAAUUCCAAUGUCCAAAUUUCCAAUCCAAUAGAAAUGAUCAUUGUUGUCAGCAGGGUCUUGGGUCUCCAUCAGUGCAGUUGGGAGUUUACAGGAGCUCCAGCCAGACUAGAGUAAAUUACAGCCACAUGGUGGCAGUUUCAGCACUACUGCCCCCUCCUCCACUCUCCCCACCACGCCCCCGGCCCCGGGGUUGCUGGACAGACUUCCACGCCUUGUCUAAUCAGUUCUUGCUUUGGACCACCCCUCUCCCUUCCCCUCCCCUGAGAUUUAGGCGGCUGAGUCCGCGACAAGCGCUGCCCUCUCUUGGAUUUAUGUAGUCACCACAUCCACAUUUUGCACCCCGUUUGUGGAUAGACCAGAACAAAGCUUCAGAGGUCGGGGGCGGGGCGGGCUGGGAGUUCCCUAGAUCCUGAAAGGGCAUUCCCAUUUCACAAAUGUGGCCACCGAUGCCGAGAAAGGUGGCGUGACAACAGACGUGCACUUCUUGAAGGAAGGGUUUUGUUUCAUUUUUGGUCAUCGUUAUCACUAGCCCCUAGUAAAUGUAGCACACGUUGUAGGUGCUUAAUAAAUAGUUGAACUGGCCAGGGUGACACUGGUGAUUAAACAUCAAUUCUGGGAAUUCAAACCCAGGAUGGUAUAGUUAGUAGAAGGAACAGCGGCCUGGGAGACGUGGGGCAUCGGCGGUGGGGUGGCUCCCAGCUCAGGCAUUUGAGGCUAUGACUUACCGCAAGUUACUCUUGGCCCUUUCUUUAUCAGCAAAGUGAGAGUUAGAUUAGAUUGGGGGUGCUCUAACUUUUUUGUCACGGGUUCCCACUUUUGGCAGUCUACUAAAGCUUUUGAACCCCUUAUCAGAAAAAGGUUUGUUGCCCACAUUCAGAAUUUAAAUGUUACUUUCCAGUUGGGUUAGUAAAGAUUAAAGAUAUACUCCUCCCACCCCCAACCCCAUCCAAGUUCUGGGACCCUGAGGAGCCCAUGGACCCCAGGUUAAGGAUCUUUGGAUUAAAUUCCGUACUCUUUUAAUUACCAGGUGCAGGGAAGCUUUGGAGGAGUUUGAAAGUUGGGCAGGCUCAAAGUUCAGCUCUGGAGGCAUAGGAGAGGGAGGGCUGGACCCCACUGAACAAGCAAGGAUGCUCAGAUGCAAGAGGUCAUAGCAGUUAAAAUACUUAUUUUAGGGCUCUAUUAGGUUUCUUUGAGCUGCUGUCACUUCUGCCUCUAGGUCCUCUUGCUCUCUUUUGGAGAUACUUUUUCCUUUCCAAGUGAUUGUUCUAUAUCUUGGGACUAUUGUCUGGUCACUUGCCAUCUGCUGAGGAUGAGAAGUGAGGAAAGGGUCAGAAUACAGGACGAAAAAGAAAGCUUAUAGGAGCUGAGGUAAGCCCACUCAAAAAAACAGGACAUCAAGAAUCACUUCCAUGUUUCAGCAGGCCUAGCAAAGGAGGGAUCAUUCGUUGUCUCUGAGGAGUGAAGGCUAUGAACUGUGUGGAGUAGAAAGGUGUCAGCUUAGGUAACAGGAACCUUGCAGAUAAUGAAGUAGGAACACAAGAAAAUGAGGAUGGACCAGAUAAGCCCCAGACCUGCUAGCUUAGUGAGGUGUGGUUAUAUCCCUACACCACAAUACUGAAAGGUCCUCAAGAUCUAUGCAAUGGUGCUGACUCCUGCUUUUUUCUUUCUAAAGAAAUAACUUCCCAAUCACAGUUUAUUAACUGCUACUGCCUCAGCCCAGUUAAGAAGAAAGAUAGGGGGAAACGCUGACAUUAAUCAGAAACUUGAUCAAUCUUUGGACUAGAUGGUCUCUGAGGUCCCUUCUGGCUUUACUGCAAUGAACCCUUUAUAAAACAGUUCAGUUUUCCCCACCUCAUGAGCACACGUUGCGUGUAUACACACACACACACACACACACACACACACACACUCACUCUCUCUCUCUCUCUCUCUCUCUCUGUCACUCACACAGAGUGCCUGAGGGAGUGAAGGCCUGGGGAGCUGGAACUCCUUCACCUCCCACUUCAAUGGUCACUCUUAUCUGUCCAGUCUUAACACUCAGUGUUCCAACUUAUUCCAGUCUGGAUGCCACAGGAAUUUAAGAUUUUGAAGGUUCUUCUUCUAAAGGAGCAUCAUCUUGGUUUUGACGUAUAAUAAAAAACAAAAACACUAUUCAGCCAGAGUCCUGAUUGGUUUUUUUCCUCCAGCUCAAAAAAGAAGGGCUGGAGAAUUACAUUUAACUGAAAAAUAAUAAAUAAGGGUUAUGGGAGUCCAAAAGAAGCCUGUUCUCACUCAUUUCUAUGAGUCUUCAAAUUCAUAAUUUAUGGCAGUUGGGUUCAAUCAUGGUGACAGGGUAUUUUCAAUUUCAUCUCAUGGCAAAAUUAAAAGAAAUGCAUUUAAACCGCAGCAGAAGGUAUUAAA